AUGGAAGAAAGCACCAGUAAAGAAGACGUGAACGGUUAUCCAAAAGAAGAAGAAGGAGAUACGGCGGCGAAGGACGUGACGACAACGAUGAUCGGUGCAGAAGAGGACGAGUAUACGCCGGACGAAAUCAUGAAGCUCGUCGAGUCUUCUUCCCCGGCGACAAUGACGACGGAGAUCGAAGGAAAUAACUUUCCCGGCGAGUCGAGUUUCAGAGUGAGGUUUAUCGACGAUCCGUACGCGAUUCCGGUGGUCGUACAGUCAUCUUCCGGUUACAUCACGAUCAACGUCAACGAGGAGAGCUGUGGUCCGUCGUUCUCGGACAGCGACGCUUCCGCCAUGGCGAGCGUCGACGCAAGCGGUCUGUUCGGCUGCUGUUUCGAUUUCAACGGGGAGAGAGGCGGAGCGUGGGGUGCAAACGAAGCGAAAGCGAGUGAGUGUGAGUGUGAGUGGGACGACGAAUUGCUGGCGAGGUUUCUAGGUGAAGACCGUGUUUGA